CACCUAACAACCGUGCAGUCAGAUUGUCGACUGUCUGCGCAGCGGAUUGUGACGUUUUUUUCCGAAGGUUGUGCUUUUGGUUACUUACGGUAAGAUGGACCCCGCAGUGUCCACUGAAGGAUCAGGUGAUCCGCUGACUACGAAGCGAAGGCUGACUGGGGAAAAUGCAAAAUGACAUCUAGCAAAUGUCGGGACGUAAUUCAUUCAUAUUUUCUUCUCAAUUUCGGACUUAAAUCGCACCGCCGGAGCUCCGAUGUGACGAUGGCUCGCUGAGGGCUGCCGGCGCGACCGCUACAUUUUUUUUUACAUUUUUGUUGUUGUUGUUGCUGUUUUUAAUUUAUGAGAAAUCACAUUCACGGACAAACAUUGGUUUCAACAUGGGGCUGUGCUACAGUUUGCGUCCCCGGCUCUUCGGGGAACUGAGCGGGUCGAUCUCCAACGCGACCUCGGACUCGGAUCAGCCCGCGGAAGCCGCCGCGCCGACCCGCCACGCGGGAGCUCGCCCGGAGGAGACCGCGGGAUGCGGGGAGACCUCGUCGCUGCGCGGCGGCGGCGGUCCGGUUCGCCCCGGGGACCCUGCCCGGCCGCCGGCCGCCGGGGAGCUCCGCCGCGGGGACACCGGCACCGACGGUGUGCUCAUACAAAACGGCGGUGGCGGAGGAGGAGGGAGCAGCGGCAAGAGGACAGGCAAGGACCGCGGCCGACGCUUACAGCUGCCGCAAAAGACCAGCACGCAAAAGCAGAAAAACUGGGACAAAUUGCUGGUGGAGGAGAAGGAGGCCGAGAAGGAGGCGAAGAAAGUCAGUAAGAGCAUUGACCGCGCGCUGAGGGAGCUCAAGCGGGAGUACAAGCAGACGCAUCGGCUGCUGCUGCUCGGUGCGGGAGAGUCCGGAAAAAGCACCAUUGUGAAGCAGAUGAAGAUUCUACACGUCAACGGCUUCAACGCGGAAGAAAAGAAACAGAAAAUCCAAGAUAUUCGGAAAAACGUGAAGGAUGCCAUAGUGACUAUAGUGUCUGCAAUGAGCACUUUAAUACCUCCUGUCCCGCUAGCCAACCCAGAGGACCAAUUCAGAAUCGAAUACAUCAAAAGCAUAGCACCUCUCUCCGACUUUGACUACUCACAGGAGUUCUUUGAUCAUGCAAAGAAGCUGUGGGACGACGAAGGAGUGAAGGCGUGCUUUGAGAGGUCCAACGAGUACCAGCUCAUCGACUGUGCACAAUAUUUCCUGGACAGAAUUGACUCUGUAAGACAGAACGACUACACGCCAACGGACCAGGACCUGCUACGCUGCCGAGUGUUAACUUCAGGGAUUUUCGAGACGAGGUUCCAAGUAGACAAAGUGAACUUUCACAUGUUUGAUGUUGGAGGCCAGAGAGAUGAAAGGAGAAAAUGGAUCCAGUGCUUUAACGACGUCACCGCUAUCAUCUUCGUGGUGGCCAGCAGCAGCUACAACAUGGUAAUAAGGGAAGACAAUAACACCAACCGGCUACGGGAAGCCCUGGACCUCUUCCGCAGUAUUUGGAACAACAGAUGGUUACGCACUAUAUCGGUCAUAUUAUUCCUGAACAAGCAGGACAUGCUGGCUGAGAAAGUAUUAGCUGGAAAAUCCAAAAUUGAAGACUACUUCCCCGAAUAUGCUCGCUACACCAUACCAAAUGAAGCAACUCCUGAACCCGGCGAAGACCCAAGAGUGACGAGAGCGAAGUUCUUCAUCCGAGACGAGUUUCUUCGGAUCAGCACUGCGAGUGGCGACGGCAGACAUUACUGCUACCCCCACUUCACCUGCGCCGUGGACACAGAGAACAUUCGGCGGGUGUUUAACGACUGCCGGGACAUCAUCCAGAGAAUGCACCUGAGGCAGUACGAACUCUUGUGAUGGGAGACCGCCUCCGUUAGCCUUCUGUGUUUUUCUCCGUCAUUCUGCAUCCUCGACGAACUCCCUUCCUUCUCUUCCUCCUCCCUCAUCCUUCCUCCUCACCCCUCCUCCCGACCCUCCCCCGCCCACACCAGAGAAAACCCUCAACAACCCCCUUACCACCCCUCCUGUCGAGGACUAUGAAGUACUACUGAAGUGUGUCAAAUCCUCUUCUUCUUAACUUCUUAGCAUUUUGUACUAUUUUUUUUUUUUCCCUCCCUCUCUCUCUCUGAGAACGAUUCAUCCCCAUUUCACCGACCGUGAGACGAAGGUCGGGGAGCAAAGUUGUUGCGUGCCGAUUCUUGUUUCCUUAUUGUUUUAAUCCUUCCCUUUUGAAUGCCUUGAUAUUUUUUUUUGUCAUUCCACUAAGCCUUGGGCUACCUCCUUUUUUUGUGUCCUCCUUUUUUCUUUUGGCUUUGUCAUUGGACCUGGACUGGUGGGUGUGGAUACAAAAAAACACACCUACAGGACCUCAGUGUAGAGGCAACGUGUGCGAGUGUGUGUGGGAGAUGAAGAGAAGGAGGAAUGCCAUGUGAGCGAGUGUGUGUGUGUGUUUAUUUUUGUGUGUCUCCUGCUGGUUAAAGCUGGCAUCGCCACCAUGACCUUUGACCCCCACCCCACCCACCCUCCGACCCUUUUUUUACCCCCCCGUCAUCCCCUCCGGGCCGGCUUCUUCUCUCCGCGUGGGAGACGACUGGACGACACCGGGGAGCAACGGGAGCGGACGGAGGGGAACCGAGUGGAUGAAGAGAUAAAUGCACUUUGCAUCAGGUUCCUUAAUAACUUUUUUUGGGGGGGGAGUGGGGGGUUGUUGUUGGGUUUUUUUUUUCUCCAGAGGAAGCAUACACACAAUGUAGCAUCACAAUAUUUAUUACCCUGUCACGAUGUUAGCUUGCCGAGCUGCAGGGCGCAUCGAGCAGCCGAGAGACAUGCGGAGCGAAAGAUUAAAGUGGGAGUAGGGAGGAAAUACGACGACACGAAGAAGGAUUUAAAUGAAGGAGAAGGGACUGAGCUCUCUGCACCUUAGCCCUGCUGCCUCCACGGACUCGGACCAGCCUCCUUUUUACCACACAAACCAUCCUUUUAGCUUAGAAAUACUGAUGGGAGGGGAGGGUGGUAGGGGACGGGAGAGAAAAAUGUAUUGUUCUUAUUUUAUUUUAUUUUUUGUUAACUUGUACACUGUGCAAGGUUGAAUUAUCCUGUACAGACUGUAAAAUGUAAUAUUAUUUUGUACAACUUAAUUGAAAGAAAAACAAAUCUACUUGUAGAUCUUUGUGCCUUGAUUAUGGCUGUACCUGUAAAUGAGCUCAGAUGUAAGUAUGUUUUCGACUGCGCUGUACAGCUUGAUGUCAAUCUCUAUCAGCAGCGGAAGACUGCGGGUGGGGGACUUUCUCUGUAGAGUUUAGUUUUUUCUGGUUUAUAAAAAAAGGAAAUGCUGUUUAGUAAAAAAUAAAAAAUAGGGAAAAAAAUCCUAAAAACCUGUAUACAUUAUGCAAAUUAACCACUUACCUGCAGUGAAGACCAGAUGUUGCAGCGCCAUGCCUUUUUUGUUUCUCUUUUUUUUUCCGGUUUUCUUUUUCCUCCUUUUUAUUUCUUUUGAAUUUCACAGCUUUAAACAAACAUUGGAAAUCCAUUGAAAGUGUCCAAAUUGCAACCUGGUGUUGUUUUAAUAGGAACCAACGUUUUUUCGAUAUGAAGUGUGUCUGAGAUCUGUACUGAUGUGCGUGCCUGUGCGCAUGUGUACAUAAAACAAACAUAGAGUCACAGACGCAUUUUGUGUGUGUGUGUGUGUGUGUGUGAGAGGGCGAGUGCGAGUGUGCGUUGUGUGUAAAGUUUUAUAAAUGUAUGUACAUGUAAAUUUAUAGGUCUAUAUAAAUAUAUAUGUACAAUUAUACAUGUUUAAUUAUGUGUGUGCCUAGGUGUACAUACCUAUGUAUGUAUACGGUAAAUAUGUAUACAUACACACAUAGGAAAGCAUGUUUAGAAUGGAGAUGAAUAAAUGAGAGCGUGCAAUAUUAGUAAUUCUUUGGUCCUUUGGAGCCAUACCCGAUGGCACAGGCACUAUGAAUGUGUGAGCAGCACCCAACAAGACAAGCUCUUCUCCUUGUACAAACAGCAUCAGCCUUUUCUUCUGCUACAGUACACGUCUAUCCCCAAAAGAGAGUGAACUGACUGGAGGUGCAAAAACCUUGUUUGGCCUGGGAGGAUGAUUAAAUGACAUUUUUAUUUUCUUUAAAUAAAGAGGCACAUUAGAGGACUUUGCUUUA